AUGGCGAACGUUGUACUAUUCUUUUUGCUGAUUUUCGGAACGGCGAUACGAGAAACCCUUGCCGUUCUUUGCCAACAGUGCAACGGCUGGGAUGGGUUGUAUCCGCUACGCUACUCCACCGCCAGUACAUGUGACAACAGAAAUAAUCAAUGCCAGAGUACUCAGUUCUGCGUUAAAAUUAUCGACAACAUGGCGCCGGGGACCAACUAUGGCACGUAUAAGAGUGAUUGUUUCUUCGCGACACAACUUCAGAUCAAUCCAACAAACUUGACAAAUAUCGUCAACCGACAAUGCUACCCCUUUCAAGAUGGAUCAGCACCUGUAAAGAG